AUGGACGCCCCCCUCGCGACUUCAGGCGACGCCGCCGACCAGCCCACAGACGGCCGCACUCAGCGCGAAGGCUCGUACCACCCGAUGGCGUCCGACACCGACUCGGGCGCAAUCUCUGACGGAGACCCGCCUGGCUACUCGGGAGGGACGCCGCCGCCGCCGUUGCUCGCGCCGCCGCCUGCCCUCCCCGGCCAACAGCAGGACCACAGCGAGACGGCGAGUGCGAGCGGGAGCGUCGCUGGUGGUUCGGCUUCUGGAACGCCGACGACGAACGGGACCGGUACGGGCAAAAGCAAGACGGCCUUCAAGCGUGCGUUCGAGGAGCUCGAGGACAUUGUCUUUUCCAACCCGAAGAGCUUUGUGACCAUGGCUUCCACGAUCGCCGAGUCACGCGGCGUCCAGGUCCUCAUCUCGGACGACAGGACGCACAAGGUCUCGUCGGCGUACAUGCACAUGAUCUGCGUCUACCGCAAGUCGGGCUGCCCGUUCAUUCUCAAGCUCACCAAGUCGAAGGAGGGCGGGUGGAUCACGAAGAGUGCGCGGGCGAUCGAGAUCGACCCGAAGCAGCGCUCCGUCUACCGCUGCCGCCACGUCGCCACCGCCCACCCGGACUACAGGCUCGGCAUCACGCCCGCCGACUGGAUCGCCAUGGCUCGCCCCGACGGCACGUCGGGCCAGUUUGUCCCGUCGGCCAAGGCCAAGAGCAAGACGCGCGUCUCGCUCGGCGGCAUCAAGUACGAGGACGGCGAGGCGAGCUCGUCCCCUGCGCCGAUCAAGCCGCCCGGCCGGAUGGCGACGAGGAACAAGCCUGCGAGUUCGACGCCGGCUUCGCCUUCGGGUGCCGGUAGGACGGGUACGGGCGGAGGAAUGGACGUCGACAGGGCGCUCGCGCCGCCGUUCCAGCGCGCGAUCGACCUCCAGGCGCAGAUCGCGCCCGCUCUCGCUCCUCCCGCAGGCGCCAUCACCGGCGUCCCUCCUCCUGCCGGCCGUCCUGGCGCCUCGCCGUCGACGUCGAAUGCGCUCUACUCGCGCAACGCGACCGCCUCGCCUCGCCACCCCGCUGCAUCGACGUCGGGCCCCUCGCGCGGACUCGUUCUCCCGCUGUACGACACGGCUCCCUCUGCUUCCGUCGCCCCGCAAUACUCGAACCCGCCGUCGAGCGCGCUCGCGUACCCACGCGCCGGCGGCUCGUCCGGCGUCUCUCCCAUCCCUCGUCACGCCGCUCUCCACCCCGCCUCUCCCAGCAUCCCCGUCGCCGCCACGCCUCCCUGCGUCGCAGCGGCGGACCCCUCCGCCCUGCCCGACUGGACCGCCCUCCUCACCGCCCUCGACGACCCCGAACUUCUCCCUCUCGCACGGGUGCUCGCCUCUCCCGCGAUCGCAGCGACGCCAACCUCGUUCUUUGCGGACGAGAUCGACGACGAACUGCGCGACAAGUUGCUCGAGAGCUUGCCUGCGCAGGCGACGGGGUUGUGGCCCAAGUUGAAGCUUGCGAGGCGGAUGAAGGAGCGCGGGAGGGAGUGCUGGGCGAGGAUUGUCGAGGAGCGUGGUGGAGCAAAGGGCGGGAAGAACAAGCGCCCUGCAGCGAAUGGGGACGCGGAUGAGGCGACACGCAAGAGGAAGAGGUCGGCGAGUCCGGCUGUCACGGCCGCAGAAGCUUCUCCUCCGGCGCCCGCACCCGGGACGAACGGCAUUGACUCGUCGACGCCCGUUCUCGCUCUCGCUGCAACUCCCUUCGCCUCUGCCGACAGAGCCGCCAAGCUCUCGCUCUCGCCUCCCGCCGCCGCCGACGCGACGCACGCCUCCCCUCUCUCGCUCACGCCUUCGCUUCCUCCCAUGUCAACUCUCGCACUCGCCGCCUCGCCUACGAAGGAACCCAACGGCGCCGUCACGAUGCGCAUGGCGUGGUCGCCCUCGGCCGGGCACAUUCAGGAGGUCGUUGCGCCCGCACCCGCCGAGGCGCCCAAGUCUGCCGUCGUCUGA